GACGUGCGGACGUCCAACGGCGGCACGCCGCUCCACAUGGCCUGCUUCGGCGGCCACGUGGAGGUGGCCGAGUGGCUCGCGGGCCGCGGCCUCGCCGUCGACGCCGCCGACGGGUCCGGCGGCGCGCCGAUGCACGCGGCGUGCUUCGCGGGCCAGCUCGAGGCCGUCAAGUGGCUCCACGGCCGGGGCGCCGCCGUGGGCCCCGGGGACGCGCGCGGCGCGACGCCGCUCCACCUCGCGUGCCUCGGCGGGCGGCCGCCCGUCGUCCGGUGGCUCCUCUUCUACGGCGCGGACGCGGCGGCGACGACGCGCGACGGCGCGACGCCCAUCAUGCUCGCGAGGCAGGCCGGC